AUGGUCUCUCAAUGUAAUCGAUUCGAAGCUAAUUGUUUUAAUAAAGGAAAAUGUAAAAAUUGUUAUAAAUCGAAAGAACAGCACAGUGCUGAAUGUCUGGAAAUGGCGAAGAUGAAUCGCAAGGUGACUGCUUGUGGUUUUCUCUAUGUGGCACCUCCUAAUUUAGAUUUUUCUCUUCAAUCACACACAGCUAAGAGAUGGCAAAGACGAUGGUUUACGCUGUUCGAUUCUGGAGAGUUGACAUAUGCCCUGGAUAAUAAUCCAGAGACUGUUCCUCAGUUUACAAUUGAUAUGACUCGUUGUCAUCGGGUGUGUGAAGCGGAUUCUAUUACGGGUAAUGCUCAUUCAAUUUUGAUGGCUUUCAAGCAUGAGGAGCAUACUGAUCAACCAGCUAUUGUAUACGUUAAAGCUGAUACAACAGAAGAGAUCAGAUGGUGGCAGAAUGUUUUGAAUGUUUUUGCGAAACAAAAUAUGAUUCAAGUACGUCCUCGUAAGCAAAUGGAAGAAAAAUAUGAAAUCACAUCGCCGGAACCCGAAGUAGAAGCUGAACUAGUACCAUCAACAGCAUCAUCUUCUCGAUCAUCGUCUAUCGAUCGCUUGGAAAUGGAACGUGAACCACGAGAUUUACAUGGAACUCCAAGAAGCGUCAAACAAAGACGAAAUACAAGAGAAGACUUUGGUAAAAAAACUUCUUCAAAUGACUCAUUCUCGUGCAGUUCCGCUGCUACGACUCCUCUCGCCUCAACUUCAACAUUGAAGAUGGAAAAUCGUUGUCGAUCUCCAUCGCCUGUCACUAAGUGUUCAAACGACUCUGUUGAUCCAACAACUUCUACAACAACAGUGACUAGUGAAAAGAAGAACUUCGGACAGCCAUUCCAUAUUGAUACUUCCAUGGCUCAUACUUUGCGCAAAGGAUGGCUCAUGCUUCGAGGAAAAAGCGAUAAUGAAUGGAGUAAACACUGGGUAAUUCUAGCAGGAUUAUCACUCAAGCUAUACAAAGAUGUUUGGGAGGAAGAUUCUUCUGAACCUUUAUUCUCCAUUGACCUCUCUGAAUGCGAGAAUGUGUAUCCUUCGGCUUCUGCGAAGAACUAUGGUAUUGAGAUAAAGUGUCGAAGAACCAGGUAUGUUCUUUCGGCCAUGACUCCUGGAAUAAGGGACAGCUGGAUAUCAGCUUUACAACAAAAUCGGCAUAAUCCCUCUCCUACUUAUGCAGAAACAUGUGCUUCAAACGAUGCAAUGAGUUUAGCAGAUAGUUCUGAUAUCUUGGGAAUGCCUAUAAGAAAGAAAAGAAUAGCGUACGUUGCCCCCGAAUCACACCAUUCCAACUCAAUGAUGGACGAAGAAUCAUCCACUGAAGAUGAAGACAGAGUCCUAGAACGGGAACGUCGUCGAAGAAGCCGAAACAAACACCAUAGGACCACCUCGCAAUCCUCAGUAGAUGCUUCUGAUGGUUUAAAUCUUUUAAAUUCUGGUCGAUCUGCUCGAACCCUUCGACGGAGUCAUCGUGAAUCACUUUCACCAUCAGUUCGUCGCAGUCCGGUAACAAAAUUGAAAGAACGUGCAGCGGACGGGCGUAUAAGAUAUCCAUCCAAUUCAUCGGCAGCUUCGUCUGCAAACAUUCAGAAUGUUCGUAAAACAUCCGCAAGUCUGUCAAUAACAUCUGAUUUGUCCCAAGAAACACGAUUACGUAAUUUGGAAGCACAGGUUCAAACUUUACGCGAUCAACUUCAUGACACUUCUGAACGAUUGGAUACAACUAAAACUGAAAAUGAGAGACUGCGGUAUUUAUACAAUACGAACGAUACUAAUUCUCUGACUCAGUUGAGAAAAAGUCUUAAUAUGGCUGAGAGAGAUAUCAAAAAGAAAGAGGAGGAAUUAUCAGAAUUGAAACAACAACUGAACGGUGCAGCGCAAAAUCCCAUGAUAUUUUCAAAUCUCAUUAAUCAUCUGAUGUCGAUGCUCCGAGUUCAAUCGUCCGCUUUAUAUCAGGUCGUAACUCUGAGACCACUAGGGAUCACCCAAGAGUUACAUGAUGAUAUAAAGCAAAUCAAAGAAGCUAUUGAGGAGAUAAAUGAGGAAGAUGUUGUGGAUAUAAUUGAGAAGAUUCUUGAAGAUCUCACCAUUAUUUUCGAUCAGGUCGCCCGACAAGUAUCAGAGGCUCAAGUACAACUUGCCGAUUCCUGGACUAUGACUGGCCCUAACACGGAGGUUGAAGAUGAUUUAGACGUAAAACAAGAUUCUGAGUGGGAAGCAGAAGUAAUGGCAUUGAAAAAUGCCCACACGUCUGAGAUUGAAGCUCAGCGACAUCAAUUCGAGCAUCAGUUGAAAAGUAUGCGAGAACGCAUUGAGAAUGAAGAGCAACGUCGACGACGCCUCCAGGAAGAGUUGGAAUUGAUGAAUUCAAGAGCUGACCAAUCUAUGACAGCGGUAAAGAGUUCUUUCGAGGAGAUGUUAGAAGAACAGAAACGCAGUUUUGGUGAAAAUAUGGAGACCUUGAAGUUAGAGCAUCAAAAAGAAUUAGAAGAAGAAAAACAAGCCACCAGACUCGCUCUGGAAGCUGUAAGGCGAGCACAUGAGGAAGAGUUGAAACAAAUGUCAGAUAAAGUGGAGAAGUCGAAAAUAGGAAUUGACCGCGAGAAGGAAUGCAAUCGUCAAUCAAAGAUAAUUGACCAGAUGAGGGAAGAAAUCACAUCUUUAUCAGCUUUAUAUUCUUCCAAAUGUGUGGAAAAUUCGAAAUUGGAUGAAAAACUAGAAAGUUUGAUGAAAGAAGAUAUGAAAGAGGGUGAACUAGAAAGUGAGUUGAGACGUCUGGAGAAAGAAAUUCAGUUGAAAGAUCAAUUGAUCGAAGAACACAAGAAGAGUAUGUCACAGCUAGAACGUCGUUUGCAGCUCCAUGAUCCCUCUGAAUUGCAUGUAAAUAGCGACAAGGAAGACCAGCUAGUGGAAGUAUGUUGCGAGAAACCUGCUUCAUCAGUAAGGUAUAGAGGGAAAACUAAAAGUUCCAGGAGAAAAGAUGCAAGAUUUCAUAGUAAUCCGGUUAUUCCCACAACUGCUGAUGGAAUAUCAGAAUAUAUGUUAGAAGAUUGUCGACGAUCUUUAGCCAUAGCUCCUGUCAGUGAAAGAAGAAAGAUUUUCGAGACAGUCGUAGCCUAUCAUAAUCCAUUUUAA